UCUACGCUCGGUCGUUCUACCGACCCGGUGUCCAGAUCACCUUACCCCCUCCCUGCUUCCUUACCUGCAAUUCACCUAGGUCCCUCUCCCCGGCCCUUCUCCAUGCCGUGCGCGCCAUGUCUCUCAAUGGGCUAGAUAAUCCCGCCGUGGUCGAAGCCUACCAGAGUGCACUUGCUGACGCGGGCGGAUGGAUUCUUCUGCACUACACCGCAAGGGAUGAGGUAGCUCUGCUCGAUCGAGGCACCGGCGGGGUGCCCGAGGUGCGCAAUGCCAUCGAAAAUUACGAGGAGACGUCGCCGCUCUACGGCUUUCUGCAGUAUCGACGGAGGAAGGUCAUCCUGAGAUACAUGCCCGAGGGGCUGUCGCGGCUGAUCCAAGCUCGAAGCAACGUUCAAUUUCAGUCCGUCCUCGACAAGUUCACCCCGAAUGACACCGUGCUCGCCCUAUCCCUGGCAUCCGAGCUCAACGAAAGCGCUCUAUCGUCCGCAUGUCUCCUACACACGGCAUCCGGAUCGAUCACGUCCUCGUCGAGCUCUCUGCGCCGCCGUCGACUGAUGGAAAUUACCGAGGACGCCGAGGAAAAUGGUACAAAGGAAGAAACAAAGGAACAGGAACACCCUCACCCGCCGAGUACCCAGACGAAACAAAGAUCGGGUAGCCUCAAGUCAGAGGCUACCAUUGUGCCUCCCACCGUUUCACCUGAAGAAAACUCCUCGCCUGACCUCCGACCCCCGCCCUCUCGAGCCAGUUCCCGAGCACCAUCCAUUGGUAGUCCGCCGUCCAUUAGUCCCAGCGAAUCCCAGACCAGCACAAUGUCUCCCAAAUCCCCCGACUCCAGCUCGGGACGUUUCAAGUACCGCAACAUCUUGGAUGAGUUCCCUCGACCAUCAGAAGAAGCCCGAAUGUCGACCCAGUCUGCGCGGCCUUCUUUGCGAGAUCUGGAACGAGCUGCCGGUAUUCAGCCCAAGGUCAAAUUGGGACCUCGUCCGUCCGUCGACUCGAGUGGACGGCCUCGUACCUCGGGGUCUUCACGAAACUCCGAUCAACGUCCUGUUGCUUCUCUGCCUUCGGGAAUGCGCUCGUCUUCGCUACGAAGGUCCAACGUCGAAGUCCCUCGUCCCCGAUCACAAGGAAGCUCUUUUGCGUCCAAACCGAUCAGCCGAGCACCCCCGAUCCCACCGCUUCUCGUUCCUCCCCCGAACAUUCCCAUUUCUAGACCGCCGUUAUCUCCCGGUGCCAAGUCAUUGGGUGCGUUGUCUACCUCGUCAGGGUUGACUCCCGAGAAAGAGCGGUUGAUGAAAGCGCUGCAGCAGAGGAAGAAACAAAUGGCGAAACGGGCGGAGGAGACCAAGAAGAAGCAGAGUAUUGAAGAAGAGCCGAAAGCAGAGGACGAUAUUGCAAAGCACCAGGAGGAGAACAAAGAAAAUAUCAACUUGCUGCCCGAGCAGGAAAAGCCGGAGCCGCAAAAGACACAAGAUGAUCAAGAUGAGAAACCCGCUAAGCCGGCAGUGCCAGCUCCCGCGUCACUCAAUGACGAUACUCCUGCUGCACCAGAGCCUCAAACCGAGGCCCAGGAGGAAGAAACUCUUCCUGCCACGGUGUUUAAGAUAGAGCCCCCUGCGGAAGUGGACGUGUCUGGUUUCGAGGGCAGAUCGUCCUCAAAUACCCCCGAUCUUAGUGCGGGUACUAAAUUCUCCACCGGUCACGAAGAAACGAUCCUGGAAACGAUUCAGCCUAAGACGCCGCAGACUGUCUCUGAAGAUGAAACACGCGCCGAGGAUGCCGACUCCGCAAUUCCUGUCCCAAAUGAAACUAAGGAUGACCUAGUCCCACCUAGCGCCGUUCUCGAGGUUCCACUCGACAGGGAGUUGACAGAAACCUCAGCCACUGCCCCAGAGCCCCAGGAUGCUUCUUCUUUACAUCAAUCUGAUAUUCCAUCGCUCAAGAGCGAGCCAUUGGAGGCCCGAUCUGUAGACGCUGGUCCGGCAAAGGCCCCUGAGUUUACUCAUCCGAACACGCCGCCUGCGAACGCUCCCCCUAGCCCCGAGAUUGAGCCGUCGGUCGCACCCUUCUCCGUUUCGAUUGACCCAGUUCCGGCGGAUGAAGGGGUUCCCGAGGAACCGCCUGUCGAGAUAGCUAACCUUGUUCCCUUGGACCAACGACGGAAGAUCCACUUGGAACCGAUUCAAGUUCCCACUCCGGAGUACUCAGACGACGACAAUCUCCUUUCCGACGAUUCAUUCAUGGAAGAGCUGAGAUCGGCUACUGUCCAGGAGGCCAGACCAGUCUCGGUCAAGUCCCCCGGUGAUCAGCCCUGGGGAGGCUCACGCGCUGUCUCAAGCUCGCAUUCGCUGGCAUCUUCAUCUCCCAUGCAGGCAUUUGCAGUGGGUAGAUCUGUGUCAAGCUCGUACCCUGACAACGGGCCUCCGACCCCAUUGCUUGUGGCCAAGAAGGUCAAUGUUUCUUCCGGUAUCUCGAGCCGUAUUAAGGCUUUGGAAAAGUUCCAGAGUCGAGAAGGCACUCCUCAAAGCGGCACCCAUCCUGUGGGGGGGCCCUCUGCCUCAUCUUCCUUUGAUAGUCUUCGCAAGCGUGCAUCUGUUUCUUAUGGAAGUCCUGAGAGCUUCUGCCGCGCACCAAGCUUGAGCCGUCCUGAGUCGCGUUCCAGUCCCAAUGCUCGCCGCACCAGCUCCAUCUCGGUAACGGCCCGUAUUAUUCGCGAUACGGGUGUUUCUCCGGGGUCUAAUGGCCUCGAACCUACCGAGUCCGACAUUCUUAAUCUUCAGCCUAGCCCAUUGACCGUGCAGCACGGCUCGAGCGAGGAACCCCUGCCUACCAGCGAAUCGGUCGAAUCCACCAGUCGUUCGGGGACCCGCAGCAUGUCUAUAUCAUCCGCUGGAUCAAGCCUACCGACUGCAUCGGCGUCUCGCCCUGGAAGCCGCCUCUCGUUGUCUUCGCGUUCCAAGGCCGAUGAGAACGCCCAGGCGAGCUCGCCCUCUCCCGAGGAGAAGAAGGCUUCCCGUGCCUCCCGUCUCAUGCGCCGCAUGUCAUCUAUGACAACCAAUUCGCGUCGCAGCAUCAUUGGCGCUCUCAGCCCACCGGUGAAAGAGGAGGACGCCAAUCCGAUGGAUACUCCAACCAUCUCGCGAUCAUUGUCACGCUCUCGUGUCUCGGAGCCUAUUGACAUCGGCGAAGUCAAUGUACAAUUCCCCGAUACACUCCUUUGGAAGCGCCGAUUCAUGCGGAUCGAUGAGAAUGGGUACGUGGUUCUCACGCCCGGUACCACUGAUGCAAGUGCUCGUAACAUGACCAAGCGCUACCAUCUCUCCGAGUUCCGGACCCCCUGCCUCCCCGACGAGGACAUGCAGGAGCUGCCUAACAGUAUCUUGCUGGACUUUUUAGACGGCAGCACCCUUCAGUGCGCUUGUGAGUCACGGCAGGGACAGUUGUCUGCCCUUCAGACCCUUAUCGAUGCUCACGGCGCGCAUCAGCAAUAG